GAAUUUCAGAAUAAUCAUGCAGAAUGCAGUUCAAGUGUGGUUUGGAGAAGAUCUGCCUGUGAGUCCACGAAGUCCUCUGACUCCAAGACAUGGGCCCGGUUUGGCAGAUGUUUAUCAGUAUGAUGAAUGGAUAGCUGUCCGGCAUGAAGCUACCCUGGUGCCUAUGCAAGAAGAUCUUUCAAUCUGGCUAACUGGUUUACUAGGAGUAGAAGUUACAACUGAAAGGUUAUUGGAAGAACUUGAUAAUGGGGUGCUACUUUGUCAGCUGAUUGAAGUCCUUCAAAAAACUGUUAAAUCAUGUUGUAGCCCAAAGGAACUAUCGGACUUUCCAAUGAAAAAAGUCUCUUGUAAAAAAGAUGCUUCUUCAGGUUCAUUUUUCGCCAGAGACAAUACUGCAAAUUUCCUUCACUGGUGUAGGUGCCUUGGUGUUGAUGAGACUUACCUCUUUGAAUCUGAGGGUUUAGUUUUGCACAAAGACCCAAGACAAGUGUAUCUUUGCUUGCUUGAAAUUGGUCGAAUUGUAUCAAGGUAUGGAGUUGAGCCACCUGUUUUAGUAAAACUGGAGAAAGAAAUUGAGCUGGAAGAGACCUUGCUAAAUACCUCUGGACCACUAACUCCUAUCAACACUCCAAAGACAUGUUGUCACCACGAGGAGCUACAUGAAGCUGUUAAGCACAUAGCUGAAGAUCCGCCCUGUAGCUGUUCUCAUCGAUUUUCUAUUGAGUACUUGUCAGAAGGACGAUAUCGGCUGGGAGAUAAAAUACUUUUUAUAAGGAUGCUUCAUGGCAAGCAUGUAAUGGUUCGUGUUGGUGGAGGCUGGGAUACUCUUCAAGGUUUUUUACUCAAAUAUGAUCCUUGCCGUGUAUUGCAAUUUGCAACUCUUGAGCAAAAAAUUCUUGCAUUUCAAAAAGGCAUUUCAAAUGAACGUGUCCCUGAUUCAUCAGUUAGACCACCACAGCCUCCCGUAAUGAACCCUUUGUCAGCAGUCAAUAUGUAUCAGAAGCAAAAUUUCAAACCCUCUACUCCGGUUUCCGGUCUCAGGGCCAGAGUUAAGCAGGCUACUCCCAAGCACCUUCAGACAUCUCCAAAAACUGUAAUGUGUCCCUCGACCUCUCUGAAAUCAGGUCAACUAAAUUCUGGGUUAGGCCGUUCUAAAUUAGCAAAUUCCCCAGCAGCAGAUUCUCUGCUACAUCAUAAAACUUUAAAAGCAUCAUCGAAGAAAACAGACUUUCCUGCCAAAAAUGUUCAGUCUUCUGUUGUUGCUCCCCGUCUUGCUCAUCCAGUAAGUAAAAGCACUUCUUCACCCACAGCUGUUGGCUCUGAGUCCCUACGCAAACGCAUUUUGUCACCGGAUAAUCCAAGAGUCAGGUUUUCACCAUCCCAGAAUUCUUCCAGAGGCAAGCCAAAUGCUCCCCUUUCUUCCUCUUCCAGUAGGCAUUCUGGUAAAACGGAAACCACUGGUUCCAAACACCAAAAUGCUGUUCCCACAAAGUGUAAUACAAUAUCCCAUUCAGUAAUGCACCUAAAUUCAUCAUCAAAAUCUCCGAGGCAAACACCUAGUACAAAUUUACACGUGGGAUCUAGGCUUCCACCUUCACAUCAGUCUCUUGCAAAAACAGCAAAAUCAUGCUCCAAAAGCACAACAAAAACAGCAACAACAGGGUCUCAGUCAUCUGGCAGAGGGCCCCAAGCAGGUUUGAACCAGGCCCAGAAGGUGAAAUCAACCCAGAUGCUCACCCCACCAGUAUCUUUAGCCUCUCCUGCUAAAUCUGCAAGGUUGACACCUAUCCUGGAAUCAAAUCAUAAGAACACCGCUUCAGCUGCUAGGAAUAUGCCCCAGAAUAAGAGUAAAGGCCUUCAGGUUGGAUCUAGUUCCACAAAACCUGCUGGGCGUACCCCUCUGUCAGUUGUGAAGCUUCCUCAAUCUUCUGCAAAAACACAAACUCUAGGAAAGACAACCCAACCUUCCACAAAGAGCCAGCCUUCAGUGAAAGCACCUCAAAAAACAGGUCAAAUUCCGGCUUCUUCAGGAAAGAAGCCACUCUUAGCUAACAAGGAAACAGUUAGUGGUGCCAAAAACCCCAUUUUUAAGAAGGAAGAUGACCAUUAUUUUGUUAUGAUUGGCAGCAAGAAGCCAAGAAAGUAAAGAAGAAAUGUUAAUGUGUGUAUUUAAAAAUCUUAUAUUCUCCCAUUUGUUUUUUUAUCCAGGGGUGUUUGAGUA